ACUGAACUGGAGGCAGCAUAGCAGAGUCACUAUGGAAUUUCAAUGUCUUGAAACUCUGGAAAAUAACAACAAGACAACACAACACAAACAACGGAAUACACAAAACUCACGUGAAACAAUCAAAAACCGACAACAUUUUAAUGUUUCACUUCUCGUGAUUUUUGUCACUUACAAACUCCACUUCUUCAUCAUCUUCUUCUUCUUCUUCUCUUCAUCAUAACAAAAAUGGGUUCUGUUUCUUUGAAAAUUGGUGAUGGAACAGCAAGAUUCAGAAGAUCAACAUUGUGUUCUUCAGCAGUUAACAUUCUCAUGAUCUUAUCUGUUAUCACUACCAAUCUUUUUGCUCUUUAUGCUUUCACUUCUUCCCCAAAAAACAACCAAACAGAACAACUUCACCAAGUCCACAAAAACAUCUCUUUAAUCUCAGAACAAGUUUCAUUAAUUCUCAGAGAAAUUGAUCAAUCUCAAAAGAAACUAGCCCAGAUAGAAAAACAGCUUCUUGGUUAUGAAAGUUUUGAUCUUUCAAGACCCAACAUUGCAAAAGAGCUUAAACUUUUUCUUAACCCUCAUAAACUCCCUUUAGGUAAAGAUUCCAAAACUGGAAUCACUGAAAUGGUUUCAUCUGUAGGUCAUUUGUGUGAGAAAUCUUCUGAUUUGUUGUCUCAGUAUAUGAAUUACAAAGUGUUUGGAAAUUGUCAAGAUGAUUGGAGUUUUGCUCAGAAAUUGAUUUUGAAAGGGUGUGAGCCUUUACCUAGAAGAAGGUGUUUUGCUAAAACUGUUUCUUCUAAGGUAAAUUUUCUUCAUCCUUUUCCAAUUUCACUUUGGAAAACUGUUAGUAACAAAACUGUUAAUUGGAGUGGUUUUAGUUGUAAGAGUUUUGAGUGUUUAAAUGGUAAGAAAUUGAAUAGAGAUUGUGUUCAUUGCUUUGAUUUAGUUAAUGGAUAUGAGAAUCAAAGAUUUGUUAAGUCUAAAAGUAAGAAUGAUUUUCUUGUUGAUGAUGUUUUGGCAUUAGGAAAUGGUGGAAUUAGAAUAGGGUUUGAUAUUGGAAUUGGUUCUGGAUCUUUUGCUGCUGUAAUGGCUGAAAAGAAUGUUACAAUUGUUACUAGUACUCUUAAUAUUGACGCUCCUUUCAAUGAAUAUAUAGCUGCAAGAGGACUCUUUCCUCUUUUCAUAAGCUUGAAUCAUAGAUUUCCUUUUUAUGAUAAUGUGUUUGAUUUGGUUCGUGCUUCAAGUACUUUGGAUGAUGAUGAUGAUGUUGGUGGGGGGAAACAAGAGAAGUUGGAGUUUUUGAUGUUCGACAUUGAUCGAAUUUUGCGGGCCGGUGGUUUGUUUUGGAUUGAUAACUUAUAUUGUGCUAAUGAGAAGAAAAUUGCAUUGACUAGGUUGAUUGAAAGGUUUGGAUAUAGAAAAUUGAAAUGGGUUGUGGGAGAGAAAGUUGAUAAUGGCAAGUAUCAUGUUUUCUUAUCUGCUGUUCUUCAGAAGCCUGUUAGGGUUUAAAGAGGCUAGAAAGUACUGAUAAGGUUUUUGCUUCUGCACAAUUUGUGUGAAUGAAUUUGCUUCAAAGUUCUAAGAUUUUAUCAGAAGUUGAACAAGUGCAUAAUAUUUUAAGUAAUGUAAAAUGUUUUAUA